CAGGGGAGUCGUCAGCGCACACGAGGGCUCAUUCCGAGUGCUUACUCAAACCGUCCUUUCUCUCGCCCCUUGAUGAGACGCACCGGCUGUUGGGUUUCAACAAAACAGGGGGGAAGGCUUGAACGACACAAGGGCUGACCUUAACAGCGGUUAAGGCCAGACACAAGAGUAAUCAAGUUCGUGGCUUUAAAGUUUGUCUGUGUACCAAUGGACGCGAUAGACACUGCCCCUGAUUCCUGGGAUCAGGACUAUGUCGAGGCCCAGGUCGACGUGCAACUUUCCAACGCUUUUUCUAUCAACCUUAACGUGGACGCCAAGCCGUUUGUCCCCAACGUAAACGCCACAGAAUUCGUCCCGGCCUUCCUGCAGAAGGGCUCCGCAGAAACGGCGGAGUCUGUCGGUCCCAAUACAGAUGCCAGUGUGGAAGUAUUGGAGCCUGAGGCUCCACCCAUGGCGAAUGGUGAUGCAGAGAUGGCAACAGACGACACCUGGGAGCAGAAAGGGAGUGAGCCCAGUGAGGCUGAGGCAGAGCCAGAGCCGGGAGGAGAUGGUGGUCAGGCUGAAGAAGACUCUCCACAAGAGGAAAUGAUGGAGGAGGAAGUGCCAAUACCUAAAGUAGCCCCUAUACAGCCAAAUGCCCCCAAGAAGGAACAUGUUAAUGUGGUCUUCAUUGGCCAUGUCGAUGCUGGCAAAUCAACUAUUGGAGGACAAAUCAUGUAUUUAACAGGAAUGGUGGACAAACGAACUCUGGAGAAGUAUGAGAAGGAAGCUAAGGAAAAGAACAGGGAAACUUGGUACCUCUCAUGGGCCCUUGACACAAACCAGGAGGAGAGGGACAAAGGAAAGACUGUGGAAGUUGGACGUUCAUAUUUCGAGACUGAGAAAAAGCACUUUACCAUUCUGGAUGCACCAGGUCACAAAAGCUUCGUCCCCAACAUGAUUGGCGGUGCAUCACAAGCUGAUUUGGCAGUGCUGGUUAUUUCUGCAAGGAAAGGAGAGUUUGAAACGGGCUUUGAAAAAGGAGGCCAGACGCGAGAGCACGCCAUGUUGGCCAAAACUGCUGGAGUGAAGCAUUUGAUUGUACUUGUAAACAAAAUGGAUGACCCAACAGUGAACUGGAGUUUGGAGAGGUACGAAGAAUGUAAGGAGAAACUUGUUCCAUUUUUGAAGAAGGUUGGGUUCAACCCCAGAAAAGAUAUUCAUUUCAUGCCAUGUUCGGGACUUACCGGGGCCAACCUUAAAGAACCAGUGGAGCACUGCCCUUGGUAUACAGGGUUACCAUUUAUACCACACCUGGACAGUUUGCCAAACUUCAACAGAUCAAGCGAUGGACCAGUCAGAUUACCCAUUGUAGAUAAGUAUAAAGACAUGGGCACUGUGGUCUUGGGGAAACUGGAAUCGGGAUCAAUCAAUAAAGCUCAGCAACUUGUGAUGAUGCCCAACAGGCACACUGUAGAGGUGCUGAGUCUGCUCUCUGAUGAUGUUGAAACUGAUGAUGCGGAACCUGGAGAGAACUUGAAGUUGAGACUCAAGGGUAUUGAAGAGGAGGAGAUCCUGCCAGGCUUCAUCCUCUGCACUGCUGAGAGCCUCUGCCACACUGGGCGCACAUUUGAUGCCCAGAUAGUCAUCAUUGAACACAAGUCAAUCAUCUGCCCUGGUUACAAUGCAGUUCUUCAUAUCCACACAUGCAUUGAAGAAGUGCAAAUUAUGGCCUUAAUCUGUCAGGUAGAUAAAAAGACAGGGGAGAAGAGCAAAACACGACCCCGAUUUGUCAAACAGGACCAGAUGUGCAUUGCUCGUCUGAGAACAGCUGGAACCAUUUGCCUUGAGACCUUCAAAGAUUUCCCUCAGAUGGGACGCUUCACCUUACGAGAUGAAGGGAAAACCAUUGCAAAUGGGAAGGUGUUGAAGCUUGUUGCCGAGAAAGACUGAAAAGAUGUGUGAUUGUUCUGAAACGACUGACCAAUGCGGAGAUUGAUGCUGCUUCAGCUGCAGUGCCCUUCACAGCCACCUGACCUUUCUUCACUCCGCUACUUGAAGACCAGCUUAAAAAAACUUCUCUUAAAAGAAAUCUGUUUUUAAGCAAAUGAAAAUUAAAAUCAUGUCCACAUGUGUCAGCUUUCUCAUAUUGAGAGCUCAGCGAUGCCAUUUGUUUUAGGUUCACCCCAUGACCUUUUCCUCCCCAUCAGCCUGCACACGUAAAGUGGCAAGAGAUUUAGCUCUCUUUCAAACUUUUUUUUUAUUUUUUAUAAAUUUCUUUUUGCUUCCAUCAGAGCUAUAUAAUGGCAGCAGAUACAGUAAGCGUAUGUGGACCAAGAUUUGCUUGUUAACAUUAAAUGAUUUAUGAGCAGUAAAGUUUGAAUGAUUAACCAAUUGAAACCAAAAUGUCAAUAUCUUGGUUGUACAUGUCUCCCAUUUCUUAUUUCCAUUUUGGUUUCUUUUCACAGAACGUUCUUGCAAAGUGCAUGAGCGUGUUCACGUUAUUAAAGCAUCUUCUGUGACAAUAAAAUAUAAGAUU